AUGCUUUCGACCCCUCUUCGAUUCCUGCACAUCCCUCUGACCGAGUUAUGCCUGGCCACCGUACUCAGAUCGGGCCAGUCGUUCAGAUGGCAACGCUUCGACGCGAUUCAGGCCACACGUCCAGAUGCCGGCGUCGCGAGCACCUCCACAUCAUCGCUGUCCGGAAAUGAGCAAACGCUUGGUGAUGAGGUGUCGACAAAGCAGGGACCGGUAGAGUGGGCUUUUGGGUGGGGUGAUCGGACCGUGUGUUUGAGGCAAGAUGGUCAGUGGGCAACAGUCGAACUUCCCCCCUCCCCCCCCCUCCCCCUGGCGUGACGCCGACGCGUUUCGCGAUACGCGCAAAUUGCAGCCGCGUCUACAUCGAUGGGAAGCUAACAGUCUUUCGCCGCACGCAUACAGACCAAGGCAUCUACUACCGAGCCUUGUACCCCUACCACCACCGCAACGCGCUCUUGGUCGAUCUCGAAACGAAUAGCACUUUGGCCUUGCUGCGCCACUAUUUCAACCUCGACUCGACACCGCUUGUCGCUCUUUAUGCCGAUUGGUCCGCAAGGGAUCCGCACUUCAAGAAGAAGAUCGAGAAAGAGUCGGAACGACUCAAGGGGAUUCGAGUACUGAAUCAAGAUCCCUGGGAGAACCUUAUCAGGUCGGCUGUGGUUUAUGGGCAGAGACUCUUGUCAGUCGACGCUGAGUCUGACCGCUUUCACGCUCAAACCACCCACCACAGCUUCAUCUGCUCUGCCAACAACAACAUCUCGCGCAUCACGUUGAUGGUCAACCGAGUGUGCGAGGCUCUGGGUGAAAGAUUACCCCACCCCACACUUUUCGACCCCUCGACGGUCUGCGAAAACGUGGCUUCGGUGCCCGCAGCCCCGCCAACUUGCCCGUCGACAGCCGAACCCUCGAUGUAUGCAUUCCCCUCUCCGACCUCUUUCGCCCAAUCCAACACCGACGCUCUCCUUCGCCAUCUCGGCUUCGGCUAUCGAGCACCCUACAUCGCCUGGUCGUCCCAACACCUCUUGGACCAUUCCGUCUCCCUCCAACUCACGCCAGACGAAUACCUCGCUUCGCUCAAGCAAAUCAACUUCGAGAACAGGGGCGGGAUCGAAGCUGCUCGAGAGGAAUUGUUGAGGUUCAAGGGUGUAGGGAGGAAGGUGGCGGAUUGUGUGCUGUUGUUCUCUUUGGGGUGGACACAAACAGUGCCUGUCGAUACGCAUGUCUUCCAAGUAGGUGUAAGCCCUCCUUGAGGACCGCCCAUGUUCUCAUCUGACUCCGACCUCACUGUCCUUGAUCCAGAUCGCCAUCCGCGACUACGCCUUCCCUUGUUCCAAAGCCACGGCACUCACGCCCCUCCUCCACGAUCGAGUUGCCAACAAACUAGUCCAACUUUGGGGUCCUUACGCUGGCCACGCGCAACAGGUACUCUUCUUUGCCGAUUUGAAACCUGCUUCACCCGGUGCUGGCGCGGCCAAGGGGGUUAAAAGUGUGCUGGAGUUGGGCAAGUUUGAGGAAGAUGUCGUGAAGGAGGAGAGGAAACCUACAUGGCAGGAAGAGGUGGAUGAAUUGAUGAGGACACCUGGGAUCAAGAGGAGGAGGGUACAAGUUACGACGACGCCGACAACGAUGACGAUGAUCAAGCAGGAAGUUGGAGUUGAAAUUGUGGGUACCAAGGUCAAAGUCGAGGAUGCGUACCCUUCACCGGCUUCAUCGACGUAUACUUCAUCACCUUCUUCGAGGAGAGGAGCGGGAGCCAAAAAGAGAGGGAGGAGCGGGAGGAAUUUGAAGGAGGAGCAGGAGAUGGAGGUCAUGUCGAGGAAGAGUCCGAUCAAGGGCUGA